GCAGUCGGCAGUCGAGUGGCGGCCGCGUCGCGCAUCAGUCACUCGUGCGAGUGAUGCUCUUGGAACAUCGACAUUUUUCUAUCGGACGUCGAAGGAAUCUCACCGGACUGGUUCCCGCGCAACGCUGCGUUAGUGCGCCGCUCUGGUGAACCCUUUCGCUUGUAAAUGUGCCGAUAUUUACAUAUGCGCGCUCGAUCUCGCAUCGAACUUUCGAUCUGCGCCCGUAGCUCCACCGCGCUCCGCUAGCAGCCGCCGGCGCCGCCGCCCCAGCGCUCUCCUGCAGCACAGCGUGCGAUGAUCCACGUGGGUGUCGGAGAACUAUGCGUGGGGCGUGCGCGUGCGCGGUGGUGUGCGCGUUGGUGGCGCUGUGCGCGGCGCGGCUGGACGAGUCCGCGCGCGCCGCCGCCGAGAAGCAGCUGCUGGCACUGCUGGGCCUGCCGCGCCGGCCGCCGCCGCGCGCCCGCCCGCCGCCCGUGCCGCGCGCGCUGCGCGUGCUGUACGACUCGCGCGCGCUGCCCGCCGCCGCCGCCAACACGGCGCGCUCCUUCCACCACACGCCCACGCCGCUCGACGAGCGCUUCCCCGGCGACCACCGCUUCCGCCUGUUCUUCAACGUGAGCGGCGUACCGGCCGACGAGGUGGCGCGCGGCGCCGACCUCUCGUUCCAACGAGCCGUCGGCACCACCGGCAGACAGAGACUGUUGUUGUACGACGUGGUGCGCCCCGGCCGCCGCGGCCACUCCGAGCCGAUCCUGCGGCUGCUGGACUCCGUGCCGCUCCGGCCCGGGGAGGGAAUCGUCAACGCCGACGCUCUGGGAGCGGCGCGACGGUGGCUCAAAGAGCCCAAACAUAAUCACGGACUAUUAGUGCGAGUGUUAGAAGAAGACGCCGCGAGUGUGAGCAGGGACGCGAAGUUCCCGCACGUGCGCGUGCGCAGACGCGUCACGGACGAGGAGGAGGAGUGGCGGACGGCGCAGCCGCUGCUCAUGCUGUACACGGAGGACGAGCGCGCGCGCGCGUCGCGGGAGACGAGCGAGCGGCUGACGCGCAGCAAGCGCGCGGCGCAGCGGCGGGGGCACCGCGCGCACCACCGCCGCAAGGAGGCGCGCGAGAUCUGCCAGCGCCGCCCGCUGUUCGUCGACUUCGCGGACGUGGGCUGGAGCGACUGGAUCGUGGCCCCGCACGGCUACGACGCGUACUACUGCCAGGGCGACUGCCCCUUCCCGCUGCCGGACCACCUCAACGGCACGAACCACGCGAUAGUGCAGACUCUGGUCAACUCAGUGAACCCCGCGACGGUGCCCAAAGCGUGCUGCGUGCCGACGCAACUCUCAUCUAUAUCUAUGUUAUAUAUGGACGAAGUGAACAAUGUGGUGCUUAAAAACUAUCAGGACAUGAUGGUGGUAGGCUGUGGCUGCCGAUGACGAAGGCGCGACCGGUCGCGCGGACCCAGUGAUAUAUCGUGGACCCAGUGUACAUAUAGGUGUGGCCUCGACAGUUGUAAAUAAUAUAUUUGUAUAUAAACUCGUGUAAUUAUUAUUUUAUUGAAAAGAUAACGAUGUAAUAAAAGAUUAAAAUAUUU